GGGCUACGACAUCGAGGACGCCAUGACUGUAAACAAGUCCUCCAUGGAGCGCGGUCUUGCCCACGGCCAAGUCUACAAGACGGAGUACCUCGACAUCAGGCUUGCCAAGCGCCACCACAUGUCUAAUGAGGUAACGAAUAUCUUCUGCCGGGAUCCCGACAACCCUAAGCUCGAGCAGCACCUGGACGACAUGGGACUGCCCUACCCUGGCGCCCACCUACAGGAGGGCGACCCCUACUACUGCACGAUGGACCUCCGGUCGCGCUCCUACCGCGUGUACAGAUACAAGGGCGAGCCCUGCGUCGUGGACAAGGUCUGGGUCACCGAGGACGUCAAGAAGGAGCGCGAGGUGCAGAGAGUCGGCAUCACCAUUCGCGCUCAGUCUUCUUAUGAAAUUGAUUCUGUAAUACGACACGUGUUCAUCCACCUGAGCGACAACACGGAUAAGUUUCACCUGCUGUGCUACAUGGCGUGUAAACUGUACGCGUACGUGGCGGGCGACACGGCCACCGAGAGUGUAGAUGUAUGGAGUAUGAUGGAGGCGCAGCUGGGGAGCUUCGUCUACCUCAAAUACCUCAAAGAAAAACUACAUGAUGCUCUCCUGGGCAUCAAGUACCAAAUUGUCUUGAAGCUUGCUGAGAACCUACCUGAUUACCAGCUCACUUUAGCCGACUUGAAGAAGUUGUGCAUCCGCACCCGCAAGGUUGGGCCGCCCUUGGAGAGCCUCGUGACUACAGGCAACAUCUCCUCCAAAACUGGCAUCGGCCUGUCCCAGACAACUGGUUUAUCUGUUUUAAUGGAAGGGCUGAACAGGAUGCGUGAUCUUUCUCACCUGCGGGCUAUUCACCGAGGUUCCUUCUUCGUUGAAAUGAAAACUGUCCUGCCUCGGCGGCUUACUGGAGAAGCUUGGGGGUUCAUCUGCCCAGUGCACACACCGGACGGCAUGCCAUGUGGUCUCCUCAACCAUUUGUCGUACAAUUGCACCAUCCCUGCUCACCCUGACAGCAACCCCGCGGGUCUUAUGAAGGUCCUCAAGCAGUACGGGCUCAUCCCCAUGAACGACACGACCCUCAUGAACCCCAGGGCUAAGCUGCACCUUAAGUACCCAGUGCUGCUGGAUGGUCAACUUGUGGGCUUCUAUGAGAGCAAAGACUGCGAAGGCGUCGCUUGCCAACUCAGGAUCAUGAAAACCAGCAAGCAGAUCUACCAGUACACGGAGAUCGUGUACAUCGAGCGCCGGAGCAGCCCCGGCCAGAUGCCCGGACUUUACUUAUUUACGUCGCCAUCUCGCCUCAUGCGACCCGUCGUCAACCUCCACACCAACUCCGUCGAGUUCAUAGGAACCUUCGAGCAGAUGUACCUCAAUGUGGCCAUUAGUGGCGACCAGGUUAUUCCUAAUAUGGGCAAGCAGACGAUGGGCACGCCGCUGCACACGUGGAGCUCGCAGACCCUGAACAAGGCGUACAGGCUGCAGUACCCUCAGGUGCCGCUGGUGCGCAAUGCGCACUACGACAAGAUCGACAUGCACGAUCACUGCAUGGGCUUCAACGCGGUGCUCGCCAUUGUGUCCUAUACUGGCUACGACAUCGAGGACGCCAUGACUGUAAACAAGUCCUCCAUGGAGCGCGGUCUUGCCCACGGCCAAGUCUACANUGUCGCUACUGUCCCCAGCACGAUGGACCUCCGGUCGCGCUCCUACCGCGUGUACAGAUACAAGGGCGAGCCCUGCGUCGUGGACAAGGUCUGGGUCACCGAGGACGUCAAGAAGGAGCGCGAGGUGCAGAGAGUCGGCAUCACCAUUCGCGCUCAGAGGAACCCAACGAUUGGAGACAAGUUCGCAAGUCGGAGUGGACAGAAGGGCAUCAUGAGCAGACUUUAUCCCACACAAGACCUGCCUUUCAGUGACCGCGGCAUCAUGCCGGAUAUCAUCUUCAACCCUCAUGGCAUCCCGUCACGUAUGACAGCAGGGAAGUUAUUGGAGGUAAUUGCUGGGAAAGCAGCAGCGGAAUAUGCCCUAUCUUUUGACUCGACCCCCUUCGGGUUCAGCGACGAAAAACCAGCGGCUGAAUAUUUCGGGUCCAUUCUUGAGAAAGCGGGCUUCAACUACUUUGGAGAAGACACGAUGUACUCUGGAAUUGAUGGGCGGAUGAUGGACGUGAAGGUGUACCAGGGCAUCAUGUACUACCAGCGUCUCAGGCACAUGACUGAGGACAAGUAUCAGGUGCGCUCUACGGGCGCGGUCGACGUAGUCACGCGUCAGCCGAUCAAGGGGCGCAAGAGGGGCGGCGCCAUCAGGUUCGGAGAGAUGGAGAGGGACGCCCUCAUCGCCCACGGCGCCGUUUUCACCCUCAAAGACAGACUCCUAGACUGCUCAGAUUCCUCAAUGGAGUGGACAUGCACCGUGUGUGGUUGCCUGCUGUCCGCUAAACCACUCCAGAUCCCAGGUUCCCAGAAGCACUUCCGUGUGCCGGUUUGCGCGCUUUGUGGUCCGGACGCCAGAAUGGCCAGGUUACAGAUACCGCACGCUUUCAAAUAUAUGGUCGCCGAGCUUGCGAGUAUCGGCAUCUGCGUGAAAUUAAAAGUCUCUGAGAACGCUGAUGCCUAGAAACGAAAAACAUGUCCUUUACGAGCAGACAAUAUUGUAUUCUACGCAUGAGAAAACAUAUCCUCGUGAUUAGUCGCCAAUAUGACAAAAAUUCAGUGCAUUGAACCAUUAUUACGAAGUACGUGCCAAGUUUCUAAAUAUAAGUCGUUGGAAAUGAGAUUUUCAGGUCUUGAGUCCAGAUGCUUAUUGUUAUAAUGUAUUUGAAUUUUCGGUGUAUACGGACAAUGACGGAAUCAAGUCUUUCGUGUUUCUGAAAGUGUAUGCAAGGCUGUGACGUUCUUCAAGAACCAGCAUUAUUCUCGGCGCAUUAUUGACCUUGAGUAUGGAAUAAAAAACUGCCCUUUGC